CGUGCUUGGGCACAUAGAUCACUUGUUAUCGGCGCCUGCAGCACAUUCUUCGCGUUCUCGCGCAUUCCUUGCUCUAUACCCCCACCUCAACUAUCUUUGUAUACAGCUGUACAAUACUGUCAACUACAUGGGUCCAGAUCGCUCAAAGCACUGUAAUUUAUGUGACCAGGAUAUCAAGCCAUGAGGAUGGACCACCCACCGAAAAUCUUGCGAGACGAAUGGCAGCCAAAAGACAAUGGGAUCAGGUGAUUGUAGAUGCGAUUUGGAAGGAGAAAGCGUCGGAUUCGUCAUUGAGACUCGACAAACCUCAAUCAGCCAUUCAUAUCCCUGUAUCAGGUCAUGAUGAUCCAGUGAUUGGUCCAGGCCCUUCUGCACUCAAGGAACCAGAAGUCGAGGCCACAGUCCCCACCUUCAAUCAAGAUGACAUCAAGAUCGAGUAUCAUCUGAGUAGUGGCAUCGAGGCUAAGACUUCCUGGUCCCUCCACCUGAUGGCCAACCUUGGAGUCCAUUUAAAUCUCAGGCUCGAGUUUGAAAUUGCUGAGAUCAUGCUCGAGGUCGGGUUCAACAAUCAACAAACCGAUCGUCUUAUCAAGCUAUGUCACCGCUGUGCUGUGGGGAAGGAGAAACUUACAUUCAAAAACCACAAGGAUAUCCACAACAUGUGGGAGGCUGCCUCGCAUCGCAUUACAAAGUUUACAAAGGAAGUGAUCUCGGUCCCGUUCACUGGAGAUGAGGAACUGUGGGAGUAUGACGUGCAUUACCGAGACCUUUGGGAGCUGGCUGCCGAUAUGCUUCGCAAUCCCCGGCUCUUUCCUCACUUCACGUUUGAUGCACACCGCCUCUCGAAGUUUGAUGGUAACACUUUUGUUUCUUUCAUCAAUGAGCCUUUCACUGCGCGAGAUAUCUGGGAUGUACAAUCGCAACUCCCACUGGGUGCGAAGCCGCUGGCAUAUAUACUGUACGCAGAUAAGACGAAACUCUCCUCCUUCGGUACAGCAAAAGGUUAUCCAGUCUACGCUCGUCUAGCAAACUUACCGACUGCAAUUCAAAAUGGGCGCGGUGAAGGUGGCGGGUAUGUUGUUGGAUGGUUACCAAUAGUUAAGGACGAAAAAUUACACUCCGGAAAGCCCAGCUGGGUAGAUUUCAAAAAUACCGUCUGGCACAAGUCAUUUGCCAGGAUUAUCUCUUCGUUAGCCUCAAAAUCACAAAUGGGGCAGUGGUUUGAAUGCCUAGAUGGUGUCAAGCGCUGGUUUUUUCUCUGUAUCCUCAUUCUAUCAGCUGAUUUCGAAGAACAAUCUGUCAUGUCACUUACUCGAGGAAUAAUGAGUCUUUGGCCAUGCCCCGUUUGUCUAGUCCCUCGAGAUGACCUGUGGGAUACUUCAAAAUCAUAUCGUCGGCAAACAUCAAAAGACUUGCAAGCAGUUAUAAAUGCUGCGCGUGCGAAAGAAACCUUUGAAGAAAGAGAGGAACUCCUGAAAGAACAAGCGCUUCGUUUAAUCAAUAACACAUUUUGGGCAGUAGCAUUCACCUGCGUGCAUCGAGCAUUGUCACAUGACCGUUGUCACUUCAACCAUGGUGGACUCUGGUCGCGCCAUCUCUGGGUCGAGCUGCAGAAAUAUGUUGUAACUCUUGGAAGGGGAAAAGUAUCACAAGUUGACAAUCGAUUCGAAAAAUUUCCAUGCUGGCGAAAUCUCAAGCACCCAAACCAGGUCAUCGGCGUUACAUUUACAGACAGCUCCAUCCACGAAGAUAUUUCUAAGAUGAUCAUUUAUGCUACCCAUGAUGUCUUGACUGAGAAUGAUUCUCCACUCGGUUAUUUUCUCUUACGGUGUGUACACCUUUACCUCGAGAUGGACAUGUACGCUGCUCUGGAGGUUCACACAACCAAUACAAUCAAGGAGGGGAGACAUACUGUCCAAGCGUUCACAGCACUCAUGAAGCAAUACAUGACACAAACCGCUGAUGACAAUGUGAAGAAUUGGAACUUUCCGAAACUGCACAUGGCAACACAUAUAUUCGACGACAUCGAGGCUAAAGGCGCCACGCGCAAUUACAACACCAAACCAUAUGAGCAAAUGCACGGGCCCUUGAAGGACUGGUACUUGAACCGGACAAACUUCAAAAACGUUGCGGAGCAGAUCCUUCGCAUCGACCACUGGAUACUUCAGAAAUCAGACGGCGACUCAGAGGAUGACGAUUCAUUAGAUGACGAUGAAAAUACCUACAUCGACAAGCUGUGCAGACUUUCUGUUCCAUCGAGAAUGCAGCAAAGCACCCGUGUCGAAUUCACUAACUUUCGCAUCAAGCUGAAUGCAUUCUUAAACAUCUUUCUACCCGCCUGCAACAUUCCACUGCCAAAUGGAAGAAGAAUCCACUUACAAUCGGAUGAUACUGUUACCGAGUAUCGAUUCUUACAUGUCAACUAUGAAUCCCUGGUAGACUGGAAACAGAAUACCAACUAUCUCCGGUGCAGCCCUCAGUUCUUCAACACACCGCAUUAUGACUGUGUCUUCAUCCGGACACAGAACGGCGUCAUCCUCGGACGUUUAGUCUUCCUUUUUCAAUGUGCCAUUGGGAAUGACUUAUUUCCCCUCGCUCUCAUCCACCCCUUUGACGCUCCGACAGGGCCACGACUUCGACAGGACAAGCAGCUUAACCUUUUCAGAGUUCGUGCACAACCACGCACAAAGGCCGAGUUCUUCUCGGUACAAUCAAUCAUUCGUGGGGCACUCCUAGUACAGGAUUCAGGUGGCAACCCCCUUGAUUACCUUGUUGUCGACACUGUCGACACAGACAUGUUUCUUCAUGUGAUUCUCCCAUCAGCUACCAUCCAUCAUCCUGCUGGGCUGCUGCGCCACCCCUACCCCCCCACCCUCCUAGCAUUAUCGUCACCAAGAAUGACACCAUGUCCGAUUCUUCCCAAAGAGCAGAUUCAGACACCACGUCCGAUUUUUCCCCAAGAGCAGAUUCAGACACCACAUCCAAUUUUUCCCGAAGAGCAGAUUCAGACACCACGUCCGAUUUUUCCUGAAGAGCAGACACCAUGUCCAAUUCUUCCCAAAGAGCAGCAGACACAUGUUCUAUUACUCAAGUCUAAGCAUCUGUUACGAGUUUUGCACCACAUUGGUGCGCAAUUGACUAAUCUCUUGCACUAA